AUCAGUUUUUUCAAAUACCACAAAUUCCUUUCAAUUAAAUUAUGUUAUUUCGAUAAUAUUCAAAUUGUAAAACUUCGAAGUACGCCUCUGUUUAACUCUGACAUAACAUCAAUCUGCUCAAUCAUUUUUCGCAAAUAGCAUCCUGCAAAUCAGUCAAGUGACGACCAAAAUUUCAUUCGUGAUGGAUCGAACCGAUAUAAACGGCAACAUAAAAAUAACCAAAGCGACAAAUAGUACUUUAGAACUAACCGAUGAAGUUGCUUCCGAUUCUUACGACAAAAGUACGAACACGUCUUUAACAUUCAAAAAUAAAAAAGAAGAUAUCGAUAGUGAUGGUUAUAAGGUACCAGAAGAACCUGAAACAAACCGAAGGAUAUGCAGUAGUACUAGCGAAACUGACAGAUUCGUCAAUAAUAGUGUCAUUGAUGAUAAAGGCGCUGUCGAAAGUUCUUUUGAAGAUCCUGUUCCUCCGGUUAAAAUGAAAAGAAAGAAACACACGUUGAAGAGAAGUAGUACCACUUUAUCAGAUACAAGAAUCAUAAAUAGAGGCAAAAUGUUCAGUUGGUUGGGCAAAGUACCCGAAGUACGGCCGGAAUGUUACGAAAACGUCGUGGACGGUUUGAAGGCUAUCUACAAAAAUAAGAUGUUACCUUUGGAACAACAUUAUCUGUUUCAUGAAUUCCAUUCGCCGCCUCUUAACGACGCCGAUUUCGACGCUAAACCCAUGAUUCUAUUAGUAGGACAAUAUUCUACAGGGAAAACCACUUUUAUCAAAUAUUUGUUGGAGAGAGAUUUUCCUGGAAUGAGGAUCGGACCGGAACCUACCACGGAUAGGUUCAUAGCGGUUAUGUAUUCAGAAACAGAAGGUGUUAUACCCGGAAACGCUCUCGUAGUGGAUCCUAAGAAACAAUUUAGACCUUUAUCAUCGUUCGGAAACGCAUUUCUAAAUAGAUUUCAGUGUUCUCUAGUGAAAUCGUCAGUAUUAAAAGGUGUGUCUAUAAUCGAUACACCCGGUAUAUUAUCUGGAGAAAAACAAAGGAUCGAUCGGGGCUACGAUUUCACUGGAGUUCUGGAAUGGUUCGCCGAACGAGUCGACAGAAUCAUCUUGCUCUUCGACGCCCACAAAUUGGACAUUUCCGACGAAUUUCGCAGAUCUAUAGAAGCCCUUCGAGGUCACGACGAUAAAAUUCGUAUAGUAUUAAACAAAGCCGAUAUGAUAGAUCAACAACAAUUGAUGCGAGUCUACGGAGCUCUGAUGUGGUCGUUGGGAAAAGUUCUCCAAACUCCGGAAGUGGUUAGAGUGUAUAUAGGUUCGUUUUGGGACGAACCUUUGAGGUACGACGGCAACAGAAAACUAUUCGAAGCCGAAACUCAAGAUCUCUUCACCGAUCUACAAAGUUUACCGAAGAAUUCGGCGUUGAGAAAAUUGAACGAUCUAAUAAAACGUGCAAGGUUGGCCAAAGUGCACGCUUACAUAAUAUCCGAAAUCAAAAAGGAAAUGCCGUUAUUCGGCAAGGAACAUAAAAAGAGAGAUCUAAUCAAAAAUUUGACGCAAAUAUACGAGAAGAUACACAAAGAACAUCAAAUUUCGACAGGGGAUUUCCCCGAUAUGAACAAGAUGCAAGAACAUCUCUCAAAACAAGAUUUCAACAAGUUCCAUUCGUUGAAACCGAAAUUGAUGGAUACAGUAAACGAUAUGUUAACUGUUAAUAUAUCGGAGCUGAUGUCGAUGAUACCCCACGAUUCUUCCCCGACGUCUCAAGGCGAAGUAACCGGAGGAGCUUUCGAAAACGUGGAGGAUAGGGUUACACCAUUCGGUUACAAGAGCGGGGAAGGUUGUAACGCCGGUUACGGGGAACCCGAAUGGAUAGUUAACAAAGAAAGAGACAGCUACGAUCAAUUAUUCGAUACUUUGGGACCUGUAAAUGGAAAAUUAUCGGGAGCGACUGUUAAAGAUGAACUAGUCAAAUCGAAAUUACCUAACGCCAUUUUGGGAAAGAUAUGGAAACUUUCCGAUGUCGAUAAGGACGGGUAUUUGGAUAGAGAUGAAUUUGCUUUAGCCAUGCAUCUCAUUAACGUCAAAUUACAGGGUAAUGAAAUACCUUUUCAUUUACCCGAACAUCUAGUACCGCCCAAUAAGAAGAGUAACUACCAGAAUAGGCCUUUUAGUCAGUAAUUUUCGUCACUAAAUGGAGAUGGCGUUCGUGUUAUGUUACAAUUUACUCUCCGGGAGAUGGCGUUCGUAACAGAGAAAGAGGUUAUGUUACAACUGUUUAAAUGACUGCAGAGAGAAGGAAAUGGAAAAGAGUGACGUAUUUUUACGAUUUCCGGUGUAAAUACUGAAUUUAAUACAAAAGUUAUAUAAAAAAGUUAUAGAUAAUCAGAAAAUACACAACUUUCUCUCAGAUUUUUAUUCAUAUA